AUGACGUGGCGCACCCGGCGCUUCCCAGGCCUGCACCUGCCCAACCGCGCGGCGCUGGCGCGGGAGUGGGCCGUCGCGCGCGGCACCUCGACCCGCUUACUGGUCACGACCCUGCGUGACCCUGACUUCUUCGCCAACACGCCCGCGCAGACCGCGGCGGCCAGCGGCGCUUGGGUGCCCUGGCUCAGCUUCGUGCACUCCCAACCCGAGGCUGCGCUGGGGGUGAUGGGCGAUGGUAUGCGGGCGCAAGUGGUCGGCGCGCUCGACGUGGUGCCGGGGGUUCGCCUCAGUACCAACUUCGGAGUGAUCCCGGCCUCAGCUAACGAUCCCAGAGGGUCGCUGCUGAACAAGGGUAUAGGGUUGAUCCCCAAGACCGAGUCGGAGCUGGAGUGCUACGCGAUCGACGGGCUCCAGCUCUCGCUGACCCAUGCCACUGCCUCGUUGGAGGGCGUCGACUACGUGGUCAACGCCACGGUGUCGGUCAACCCGAUGGCCCUCGCGCGCCGGUUCGCCGCCGCCUCGAAGCUGGAGACGCCCAAGCGCGCCUUUCUCGAGCGGUGGCAGCUCGAGGCCCGAAUCACACGAAUUAAGCCCCUCAACCAACCCGCCCUGGGGCUCCCUUCACUGGCCGUCCAGUACAGCCACCCGCUGGGUCCCGCCCCCGGCGAUGGCAGGCGCGUGCCGAGGCUGGUCCUGACGGCCAAGGCCCAGGCGCUGAACACGCUGCGGCUGUCGGUGACCUACGACCCCGUCGACAUUCUCGCGGCCCUCGACGAGGGCGCGUCACAGGGCAAGCCGGCGGUCACUGGUGUGUGCGCCUCGGGCGUCCUCUCUGUCUCUCCCUCCGCCAGAGCAAUGCAGUGUCUGGGCACUCUCCGGUACUACGGGGACGGCUAUCGGGCGACGGCCACGGCAGGGUGGGCGGUGGACCCCCGCCAGCCCAGUGCGGCGUGGACCGGCACCCUGUCGUGGGUGCAGCGUGCCCGUAAUACCAGCGUCGGCGCGUUUGUCUCCGGUGGCCGAUUCAACGACCAACUCGUCACCCCGCGCUUCGGCAUCACCCUCACCCACCACAUCUGA